AUGCAACCAUUCAAUGUAACACAACUGCUUUUUGAUGAUUCGUCAAGCGUCGCCGACACAUCACCGGGAAGAACCAGACUUAUAGGAACUUUAGCUGGUAUCGGGAAUAACUGCAAUAACAUGAUUGGUGUUGGAAUAUUCUCAAGUCCCGGUCUAGUUUUAAGUGAAAUCAAGUCUCCUGGGAUAGCAUUAAUUUUAUGGCUAGUGGGUGGAAUUGCCGCUUUAUUUGGAUCACUUUCUUACCUGGGAAGUUCUAUACCAGAAGGAGGCGGAGAAACUGUGUAUUUGAAACGAGCAUUUCCUCGCCCACGAGCGCUUUUUAGCUAUAUGUUUAGUUUUUCUAUGAUUGUGGCAAUACGUCCAGCUUCAAUAUGCGCCAUCUCAAAUAUUUUCGCGCAAUAUUUCUUAUAUUUGAUUAACCCAAUAGAAAGUUCUGAUUAUCUGCAUCCGACAAGUAUUACUUCCCCGAACUUUUGGCGGUUACGAAUUUGUUCGUUAGCUGCAGUAUUAAUAAUCACAAUUUACCAUAUUUUAUCCAACAAAUGGGCAAAUUUUAUAAAUCAAACUCUCACAAUCAUAAAGAUUUUGACGCUGCUUGUGCUAACGAUUGCUGGACUGGCAACAAUUCAUCAGUCUAUUAACGACAAAGACACGAAUUGGAAAAAUAUGUUUCCUAGUGUGCAAAUUGAACCACGCGGUUUAACUUCUGCACUUAUUUUAAUUUUAUUUGCAUAUAAUGGCUGGAAUAAUUUAAAUUAUACUUUGGAUGAAUUCGUUAAUCCAAAGGAAAAAUUAGUUAGGUCAAAUAGUAUUAGUGUCGUUGUUGUUACUUUUUUGUACCUCUGUGCUAAUAUCGCAUACACGAAUGUACCAUUGAAAGAAAUAACGGGUAAAAGCGAACCAUACGAAAUUAUUGCUGUUCGAUUCGCUUUACAAGUCGGUAACUCUGCUUUUGCUAGUGCGGUAUCAUUUUUCAUCUGUCUAUCCGCUUUUGGAACAUUGGCCGCAAAUACAUGGGCUGGAUCACGAGUAAUUGUAGCCGCUGCCAAAAGAAAUUACUUUCCUUUCUCAUCAUGGUUCCAAAAAUGGAAUAACAAGACAGAUACUCCGGUUUUUGCAUUGAUAGCACAAGCUGUUUGGUGUUCAUUGAUUAUUAUCUUUUAUCAACACAAUGAUCCAUAUCAAUUCUUUACGAAGUUGAGUCAGCAUUGUGUCUGGAUAUUUCUAUUUCUGAGUGCUUUAGGAUUGUUGUUUCUGCGCUACACUAAACCCAAUCUACCGCGUCCUUUCAGAGUGUUUACAAUAAUACCCAUAAUAUUCAUAUUAUUCGCACUAUUUAUCAUAUUUGCAUCUUUCAAACAAUAUUCAUCAAAAACACCUUAUGACCAGUUUGAUUAUAAUAUUGCUUAUUACGUCAGUUUUGCUGUAGUAGGGGUUAGUGCAAUUUUCUGGUUAUUUUUAUACUCGUUAGGUUGUAAACUUAGAUUCGAACCUGAAAGUGCAUCACGACCGCGUGAUGAUUCAUCAUCACAUAUUUCGUUGGAUGAUGGAGAGAAAAGGUCAAUUGAGCCUAUACCAAUGGAAGUCACUAAAACAAAUGACACUUUUGAUUCUAGGGAUUUUUAA